UUGUGGGCAGCUCAGCUCUCUCUCUCUCUCUCUCCCCUUUCCUUCCAAAUCAUAGCUCUCCUCCACUUUUGUCUCAAAAAGCUAAGCCCUUCUCCUCAAUUCCCACUCUCUUUAAUCAAAACCCCCCCUUUCCCCUUCUCCUCUUCCUUCCUCCACACACCCCAUUCCUCCCCCCCCCCCACGUCAUUAGGGUUUUUUCCUCUCCCCUUCCCCUCCUCUGCUCUGCUCUGACUCCAUAGCUGCAGAAGCAGAAUGUGCAGAGAGGAAAUGAGUCAAUGACUGAGAGGAGAUGGGGUGCAUCUUCAGCAGACAUCCGUCCGCAAACCCCGUUGGGAACGACGGAGAUGGCGAAAUUAGGGUUUCCAGGAAAGCAGAGUCCACCGCCGGCGGCGGUGAGGUCAGUGAGGUGAGGAAUGGUGUGAAUAAUAGUAUUAGUAACGAUGAUAGUAACAGUAAUCGGAAGGAGAAUGAGGAGGAGAGGAGUUCGAGGCCUAAAGGGGAGAAGAGACGCUCCUCCAAGCCCAAUCCUAGGCUCAGCAAUCUGCCCAAGCACCUCCUUGGCGAGCAGGUCGCCGCCGGUUGGCCCUCCUGGCUCUCCGCCGUCGCCGGCGAGGCCAUCAAUGGCUGGACGCCCCGCCGCGCCGAUACAUUCGAGAAGCUUGAUAAGAUUGGGCAAGGGACGUAUAGUAAUGUGUACAAAGCUAGGGAUGCUUUGACGGGGAAAAUUGUUGCGCUGAAGAAAGUUCGGUUUGAUAAUUUGGAGCCCGAGAGUGUAAAGUUCAUGGCCAGGGAGAUCCUCAUUCUGCGCCGUCUAGAUCAUCCUAAUGUUGUAAAAUUGGAAGGUUUAGUGACCUCGAGGAUGUCGUGUAGUUUGUACCUUGUAUUUGAAUAUAUGGAGCAUGAUUUGGCAGGACUUGCUGCAAGCCCUGCAAUCAAGUUUACAGAGCCUCAGGUUAAGUGUUAUAUGAACCAACUAUUAUCAGGGCUGGAACACUGUCACAACCGCUAUGUGCUUCAUCGUGAUAUCAAAGGGUCCAAUCUUCUUAUUGACAAUGGUGGGGUCCUAAAGAUUGCCGAUUUUGGAUUGGCUUCCUUCUUUGACCCUAAUUAUAAGCAACCAAUGACUAGUAGAGUGGUCACUUUAUGGUAUCGACCACCAGAGCUUCUUCUAGGUGCCACUGAUUAUGGUGUAGGUGUGGACCUCUGGAGUGCCGGCUGCAUUUUAGCUGAGCUGUUGGCCGGAAAACCGAUCAUGCCAGGUCGUACAGAAGUGGAGCAGCUACACAAGAUAUUUAAGUUAUGUGGUUCACCUUCUGAUGAUUACUGGAAAAAGUCAAAGUUGCCUCAUGCAACCAUUUUUAAGCCUCAGCAAUCAUACAAACGAUGCAUUGCAGAGACAUUUAAAGAUUUUCCACCAUCAUCGUUACCACUAAUCGAGACACUCCUUGCAAUUGACCCAGCUGAGCGUCGGACUGCCACUGCUGCAUUGAGGAAUGAAUUCUUCACAACCAAACCUUAUGCCUGUGAACCUUCUAGCCUCCCAAAAUAUCCACCCAGCAAGGAGAUGGAUGCUAAGCUACGGGAUGAAGAAGCUAGAAGAUUAAGAGCUGCUGGCAGAGCUAACGCAGAUGGUGUGAGGAAAUCUCGACCACGUGAUCGCAAGGGAAUUCCUGCUCCAGAAGCCAAUGCUGAACUUCAAGCCAAUCUUGAUAGGCGGCGUCUAAUCACACAUGCAAACGCAAAGAGCAAGAGUGAGAAGUUUCCUCCUCCACACCAAGACGGAACACUUGGCUAUCCUUUGGGUUCAUCAAAUCACAUUGAUCCUGCUUUUGAUCUUCCGGAUGUUCCAUUUAGUUCCACAAACUUUUCGUAUUCAAAAGAAUCCAUCCAAACAUGGUCUGGCCCAUUGAUAGACCCUGCUGCAGUAGGGGCUCCAAGGAGAAAGAAACACUCAUCUGGACAAAUUCAUUCGCUGUCGAAGCCCUCGAGGAAAGACUCAAAAAGAUGAGGGUUCAGCUCGGAUCGGUUAGGAAAAAUGGCAUUCAGAACAACUUUCUGUCGUUUGGUGAGACAAUUCAUGAGGCUGCAAAUGCUGCCGAUUCGUCCGAGCCGGGAAGGCCAUACAAAUUGCAUGGGGAGGUGAUAUACAAUUAUGUAUCUUGUAAUUCAGUUUUCCCAUUUGGUCUGUAUUAUUUUUGUACGAGAUGCUUAUUUAUAUUGUAUAUGCUUUUUUCCUCAUAUUUCUCUCUGCCUUCGAACACUUGUAUUUUAGGAUAUAGUUGUAAUUCCAAUAAACUUGUCUUGAUUACUCAA